CUGAAAGCACCACAGUAGCCUCGUCUCUUAUUCCAGAGACCUCCACAGCUCCUUGGGAGUCCACUUCCCUGGCUGAGACUACAGCAAUAACUAGUACAACUAUAGUAGAAGAGACAACCACGGUUGUGCUUCCCACCAUUUCAUUACCUCAGAGCACAACCAUAGCCACUUCUGCUAGUCCACAGACCUCCACCGCGCCACUUGUAUCUACUUCCUUAGCAGAGACAGCAGCAAUAACUACUGCCUCUACAGUCAAGGAGACAACCACACUUCCCCUUCCUACAAUUUCACAGCCUGAAAGCACAGCUGCAGUUACAGCUCCUAUUCUACAAACCUCCACAGCUACUCUAAAGACCACUUCCUUAGCAGAGACUGCUGCAAUAACUAGUACCACUAAAGUAGAAGACACAGCCACGGUUUCCCUUCCUACCACUUCAGCCCAUAUGAGCACAGCUAUAACCAUUUCUACCAUAGCAGAAACAUUAACAACUCCUGUAGAGACCACUUCUGCAGCUGCGACUACAGCAACAACGAGUUCCAGCUCCAUGGGGGAGACAACCACAGCUUCACCUCCUACCACUGCACUACCUGGGAGCAUGGCUGUAGCUACUUCUACUAUUCUAGAGACCUCCACAGCUCCUGUAGAGAGUACUUUCCAAGCUCAGUCUUCAGGAAUAACUGGCUCCUCUACAGUGGAAGAGACUACCACGGUUCCUCUUCCUACCACUUCGUUACCUAAGAGUACACCUGUAGGGACAUCUACCAUAGCAGAAACACUCACAACUCCUUUAGAGACCGGUUCCUCAGCAGAGACUACAGCAGUAACUACUGCCACUACAGUGGAGCAGACAACCACAGUUACCCUUCCUACUACUUCCCCAGUUGAAACAACCACCACUCUGGCUAUCACCACACCAGUCCCUGUGGCCACAUCCCCCACUGAGACCACAACUGGAGUCACUUCUAUUUUACCGUUGACAUCCACAGUCCGUCUUGAGACAAGCUUGCCCUCUGAGACCACAAGAAUUCCCAGCACCUCUACAGAAGUUGAGACACCCACAUCUGCCCGUCUUGUCACUUAUCCCACUGUGACCACAAGUGCAGUCACCUCCUCUUUAGCAGAGACAUCCACAGUUGCUGUUACGGUGACUUCUCCGGCUAAGACCACAUUGACACUGAUUCCUACCACAGCAGCUCUUAAAACAUCCACAUCUGCUCUGGAGACCAAUUCCCCAUCUGAGAUCCCAAUAGCUUUGGGCACCACUACAGAACUGGGGACACCCACAGCAUCCCCUGUGUCCACUGUUCUAGCUGGGACUACUAAAACAUCACCCAUUGCUACAGCAGCAGAGAGAAGCACUGCGGCUCCAAUCAGCACCACCCCUGCUGAGACCUCAACAACUUACACUUCCACUACAACACAGGCAACAACCACAUCUGCCCUUUUUACAACUUCCCCAGCUGAGACCACAACCGCUUUGGGCGUCCCUAUCAGAGGGGAGACAACAGCAGCCAUCUCUGUGACAACCACAACAUCGCUUUCACCUACCACAGCUGCUUUGACAAAUGGUGAAAUAACAGAAAUAAUCGACCAGAAGACCAUUAAGCCAGUGGAACAAAAUAAAGAUAAUAAUGUCACAACAACACAGACAACUCCUGUGGUUAAAACCACCACUACCACCACCACCACGACCAGAAGUACAACAUUAGAGAGUACCACCAAAGCAGCAGCUCCUGUGAUCCCAAACAAACCUGGGACCACUGCAACGUACCUCACAACAGGAGCAGAAUCCACCACCGCAGCCCCAGCGUCCACUUCCACAGCUGAGACUAAAACUGCAGCUACCUCUAUGUUAGCAGAGACAUCCACUUCUGCUCAUCCAACCUCCUCCCUAGCUGAGCCCACAGCACUAAUGAGCACUUCCACAUCACAGCCAACCACAAUCACUCUGCCUGCUAGUUCAACGUCUGUUAUGACCAUUGCAGCCACCUCUGCAACAGCAGAAACGUCUACAUCUCCUCUAGAGACCACUUUCCCAGGUGAGACUACGGCAUUACUUGGUAACAGGACAGUAGAGGGGACAACCAUGGUUGCUCUUCCUAGCACUUCACUACCUCAGAGCACAGCUGAAGCCACCUCUACUAUUCCAGAGACAUCCACAUGGCCUCCACAGACCACUUCUCCAACUGAGACUACAGCAACAACUACUACUACACUCAAGGAGAGAACCACAAUUGUCCUCCCAACCAGUUCACUCUAUGAGACCAAAUCUCCUCUACAAACCACAUCCACAGCUGAGACUACAGUAAUAAUUAGUACCACUACAACUGAAGAGACAACGAGACUUCCCCUUUCUACAAUUUCACAACCCGAAAGCACAGCUUUAUCCACAAGAACCAUAGGAGAAACAUCCACCUCUCCGCUAGAGACAACUUCUGCAGCUAAAACUACAGCAAUAACUAGUACUACCACAAUAGAGGGGAUGACUUCAGUACCUCUUUCUACAACACAACUUCUUAGGACCACAGAGGCAGCCAUCUCUACUAUUUCAGAGACCUCAGCCAGUGCUCUGGAGACCUCUUCCCUAAAUGAGACUACAGCAGUAACUGGUACCACUGCAGUAGCUGAGAUAACCACAAUUACUCUUCCUACUACUUCACCCCAUGAAAGUACAGCUAUAGCCACCUCUACUAUACCAGAGACCUCCACCUCUCCCGUAGGGACCACUUCUGUAGCUAAGACUACAGCAAUAUCUAGUACCAGCACAGCAGAAGAGACAACCACGGUUCUCUUUCCUACUGCUUCACUACCUGGGACUAUGGCAUCAGCCACUUCUGUUAUUCAAAAGACUACCACAGCUCUUCCAGAGACCACUUCCCUAGCGGAGACUGCAGCAACAACUAAUGCCACUACACUAGAAGAGACAACCACCGUUGCCUUUCCUACCACUUCUCUUCCUGAAAGCACCACAGUAGCCUCGUCUCUUAUUCCAGAGACCUCCACAGCUCCUUGGGAGUCCACUUCCCUGGCUGAGACUACAGCAAUAACUAGUACAACUAUAGUAGAAGAGACAACCACGGUUGUGCUUCCCACCAUUUCAUUACCUCAGAGCACAACCGUAGCCACUUCUGCUAGUCCACAGACCUCCACCGCGCCACUUGUAUCUACUUCCUUAGCAGAGACAGCAGCAAUAACUACUGCCUCUACAGUCAAGGAGACAACCACACUUCCCCUUCCUACAAUUUCACAGCCUGAAAGCACAGCUGCAGUUACAGCUCCUAUUCUACAAACCUCCACAGCUACUCUAAAGACCACUUCCUUAGCAGAGACUGCUGCAAUAACUAGUACCACUAAAGUAGAAGACACAGCCACGGUUUCCCUUCCUACCACUUCAGCCCAUAUGAGCACAGCUAUAACCACUUCUACCAUAGCAGAAACAUUAACAACUCCUGUAGAGACCACUUCUGCAGCUGCGACUACAGCAACAACGAGUUCCAGCUCCAUGGGGGAGACAACCACAGCUUCACCUCCUACCACUGCACUACCUGGGAGCAUGGCUGUAGCUACUUCUACUAUUCUAGAGACCUCCACAGCUCCUGCAGAGACUACUUUCCAAGCUCAGUCUUCAGGAAUAACUGGCUCCUCUACAGUGGAAGAGACUACCACGGUUCCUCUUCCUACCACUUUGUUACCUAAGAGUACACCUGUAGGGACAUCUACCAUAACAGAAACACUCACAACUCCUUUAGAGACCGGUUCCUCAGCAGAAACUACAGCAGUAACUACUGCCACUACAGUGGAGCAGACAAGCACAGUUACCCUUCCUACUACUUCCCCAGUUGAAACAACCACCACUCUGGCUAUCACCACACCAGUCCCUGUGGCCACAUCCCCCACUGAGACCACAACUGGAGUCACUUCUAUUUUACCAUUGACAUCCACAGUCCGUCUUGAGACAAGUUUGCCCUCUGAGACCACAAGAAUUCCCAGCACCUCUACAGAAGUUGAGACACCCACAGCUGCCCGUCUUGUCACUUAUCCCACUGUGACCACAAGUGCUGUCACCUCCUCUUUAGCAGAGACAUCCACAGUUGCUGUUACGGUGACUUCUCCGGCUAAGACCACAUUGACACUGAUUCCUACCACAGCAGCUCUUAAAACAUCCACAUCUGCUCUGGAGACCAAUUCCCCAUCUGAGAUCCCAAUAGCUUUGGGCACCACUACAGAACUGGGGACACCCACAGCAUCCCCUGUGACCACUGUUCUAGCUGGGACUACUAAAACAUCACCCAUUGCUACAGCAGCAGAGAGAAACACUGCGGCUCCAAUCAGCACCACCCCUGCUGAGACCUCAACAACUUACACUUCCACUACAACACAGGCAACAACCACAUCUGCCCUUUUUACAACUUCCCCAGCUGAGACCACAACCGCUUUGGGCGUUCCUAUCAGAGGGGAGACAACAGCAGCCAUCUCUGUGACAACCACAACAUCGCUUUCACCUACCACAGCUGCUUUGACAAAUCGUGAAAUAACAGAAAUAAUCGACCAGAAGACCAUUAAGCCAGUGGAACAAAAUAAAGAGAAUAAUGUCACAACAACACAGACAACUCCUGUGGUUAAAACCACCACUACCACCACCAUCACGACCAGAAGUACAACAUUAGAGAGUACCACCAAAGCAGCAGCUCCUGUGAUCCCAAACAAACCUGGGACCACCGCAACGUACCUAACAACAGGAGCAGAAUCCACCACCGCAGCCCCAGCGUCCACUUCCACAGCUGAGACUAAAACUGCAGCUACCUCUACGUUAGCAGAGACAUCCACUUCUGCUCAUCCAACCUCCUCCCUAGCUGAGCCCACAGCACUAAUUAGCACUUCCACAUCACAGCCAACCACAAUCAUUCAGACUGCUAGUUCAACAUCUGUUAUGACCGUUGCAGCCACCUCUGCAACAGCAGAAACGUCUACAUCUCCUCUAGAGACCACUUUCCCAGGUGAGACUACGGCAUUACUUGGUAACAGGACAGUAGAGGGGACAACCAUGGUUGCUCUUCCUAGCACUUCACUACCUCAGAGCACAGCUGAAGCCACCUCUCCUAUUCCAGAGACAUCCACAUGGCCUCCACAGACCACUUCUCCAACUGAGACUACAGCAACAACUACUACUACAGUCAAGGAGAGAACCACAAUUGUCCUCCCAACCAGUUCACUCUAUGAGACCAAAUCUCCUCUACAAACCACAUCCACAGCUGAGACUACAGUAAUAAUUAGUACCACUACAACUGAAGAGACAACGAGACUUCCCCUUUCUACAAUUUCACAACCCGAAAGCACAGCUAUAUCCACAAGAACCAUAGGAGAAACAUCCACCUCUCCGCUAGAGACAACUUCUGCAGCUGAAACUACAGCAAUAACUAGUACUACUACAAUAGAGGGGAUGACUUCAGUACCUCUUUCUACAACACAACUUCUUAGGACCACAGAGGCAGCCAUCUCUACUAUUUCAGAGACCUCAGCCAGUGCUCUGGAAGCCUCUUCCCCAAAUGAGACUACAGCAGUAACUGGCACCACUGCAGUAGGCGAGACAACCACAAUUACUCUCCCUACUACUUCAAUCCAUGAAAGUACAGCUAUAGUCUCCUCUACUAUACCAGAGACCUCCACCUCUCCCGUAGGGACCACUUCUGUAGCUAAGACUACAGCAAUAUCUAGUACCAGCACAGCAGAAGAGACAACCACGGUUCUCUUUCCUACUGCUUCACUACCUGGGACUAUGGCAUCAGCCACUUCUGUUAUUCAAAAGACUACCACAGCUCUUCCAGAGACCACUUUCCUAGCGGAGACUGCAGCAACAACUAAUGCCACUACACUAGAAGAGACAACCACCGUUGCCUUUCCUACCACUUCUCUUCCUGAAAGCACCACAGUAGCCUCGUCUCUUAUUCCAGAGACCUCCACAGCUCCUCAGGAGUCCACUUCCCUGGCUGAGACUACAGCAAUAACUAGUACAACUAUAGUAGAAGAGACAACCACGGUUGCGCUUCCUACCAUUUCAUUACCUCAGAGCACAACCGUAGCCAUUUCUGCUAGUCCAGAGACCUCCACCGCGCCACUAGAAUCUACUUCCUUAGCAGAGACAGCAGAAAUAAUUACUGCCUCUACAGUCAGGGAGACAACCACACUUCCCCUUCCUACAAUUUCACAGCCUGAAAGCACAGUUACAGCUCCUAUUCUACAAACCUCCACAGCUACUCUAAAGACCACUUCCUUAGCUGAGACUGCUGCAAUAACUAGUACCACUAAAGUAGAAGAGACAGCCACGGUUGCCCUUCCUACCACUUCAGCCCUUAUGAGCACAGCUAUAACCACUUCUACCAUAGCAGAAACAUUAACAACUCCUGUAGAGACCACUUCUGCAGCUGCGACUACAGCAACGACGAGUUCCAGCUCCAUGGGGGAGACAACCACAGCUUCACCUCCUACCACUGCACUACCUGGGAGCAUGGCUGUAGCUACUUCUACCAUUCUAGAGACCUCCACAGCUCCUGCAGAGAUUACUUUCCAAGCUCAAUCUUCACGAAUAACUGGCUCCUCUACAGUGGAAGAGACUACCACAGUUCCUCUUCCUACCACUUUGUUACCUAAGAGUACACCUGUAGGGACAUCUACCAUAACAGAAACACUCACAACUCCUUUAGAGACCGGUUCCUCAGCAGAGACUAAAGCAGUAACUACUGCCACUACAGUAGCGGAGACAACCACAGUUGCCCUUCCUACUACUUCCCCAGUUGAAACAACCACCACUCUGGCUAUCACCACACCAGUCUCUGUGGCCACCUCCCCCACUGAGACCACAACUGGAGUCACUUCUAUUUUACCGUUGACAUCCACAGUCCGUCUUGAGACAAGUUUGCCCUCUGAGACCACAAGAAUUCCCAGCACCUCUACAGAAGUUGAGACACCCACAGCUGCCCGUCUUGUCACUUAUCCCACCGCAACCACAAGUGCUGUCACCUCCUCUUUAGCAGAGACAUCCACAGUUGCUGUUACGGUGACUUCUCCUGCUGAGACCACAGUGACACUGACUCCCACCACAGCAGCUCCUAAAACAUCCACAUCUGCUCUGGAGACCAAUUCCCCAUCUGAGAUCCCAAUAGCUUUGGGCACCACUACAGAACGGGGGACACCCACUGCAUCCCCUGUCACCACUGUUCUCGCCGAGACUACUAAAACAUCACCCAUUGCUACAGCAGCAGAGAGAAGCACUGCGGCUCUAAUCAGCACUACCCCUGCUGAGACCACAACAACUUACACUUCCACUACAACACAGGCAACAACCACAUCUGCCCUUUUUACAACUUCCCCAGCUGAGACCACAACCGCUUUGGGUGUCCCUAUCAGAGGGGAGACAACAGCAGCCAUCUCUGUGACAACCACAACAUCGCUUUCACCUACCACAGCUGCUUUGACAAAUGGUGAAAUAACAGAAAUAAUCGACCAGAAGACCAUUAAGCCAGUGGAACAAAAUAAAGAUAAUAAUGUCACAACAACACAGACAACUCCUGUGGUUAAAACCACGACUACCACCACCACCACGACCAGAAGUACAACAUUAGAGAGUACCACCAAAGGAGCAGCUCCUGUGAUCCCAAACAAACCUGGGACCACCACAAUAUACCUCACAACAGGAGCAGAAUCCACCACUGCAGCCCCAGUGACCACUUCCACAGCUGAGACUAAAACUGCAGCUACCUCUAUGUUAGCAGAGACAUCCACUUCUGCUCAUCCAACCUCCUCCCUAGCUGAGCCCACAGCACUAAUGAGCACUUCCACAUCACAGCCAACCACAAUCAUUCAGACUGCUAGUUCAACAUCAGUUAUGACCGUUGCAGCCACCUCUGCAACAGCAGAAACGUCUACAUCUCCUCUAGAGACCACUUUCCCAGCUGUUUCACCAACCUCAACCCCCACUCCAGCAAUUGAACAUUUCACAGUGAACUUCACCAUAACCAAUCUCAAAUAUGAUUCACAACUGGGAUCUCCUCAUUCUACCCGGUUCAAUGCUACUGAGAAAGUCUUGAUCUCCUUGCUCAACCCAAUAUUUGGAAACAGCAGCAUCGGCCCAUCUUAUAUAAGAUGUGAAGUGACAGCUUACAGACCGGUGAGAGCUGGGAAUGACACCGGUAUAGAUGCCGUCUGCACCUACAGGCGCGACUCCACGGCUCCCCCGUUUGACAGAGUGGGUGUUUACCAUGAAAUCCACAACAAGACAAAUGGCAUCACCCAGCUGGGCCCCUACACCCUGGAAAAGGACAGUCUCUAUGUCAAUGGUUAUAACGAAGCACCAGCUCUGCCAACAGCUGUUUCGCCAACCUCAACCCCCGCUCCAGCUAUUGAACAUUUCACAGUGAACUUCACCAUAACCAAUCUCAAAUAUGAUUCACAGCUGGGAUCUCCUCAUUCUACCCAGUUCAAUGCUACUGAGAAAGUCUUGAUCUCUUUGCUCAACCCAAUAUUUGGAAACAGCAGCAUCGGCCCAUCGUAUAUAAGAUGUGAAGUGAUGGCUUACAGACCGGUGAGAGCUGGGAAUGACACCGGUGUAGAUGCCGUCUGCACCUACAGGCGCGACUCCACUGCUCCCCCGUUUGACAGAGUGGGUGUUUACCAUGAAAUCCGCAACAAGACAAAUGGCAUCACCAAGCUGGGCCCCUACACCCUGGACAAGGACAGUCUCUAUGUCAAUGGUUAUAACGAAGCACCAGCUCUGCCAACUGUUUUGCCAACCUCAACCCCCACUCCAGCAAUUGAACAUUUCACAGUGAACUUCACCAUAACCAAUCUCAAAUAUGAUUCACAACUGGGAACACCUCAUUCCACCCGGUUCAAUGCUACUGGGAAAGUCUUGAUCUCUUUGCUCAACCCAAUAUUUGGAAACAGCAGCAUCGGCCCAUCUUAUAUAAGAUGUGAAGUGAAGACUUACAGACCGGUGAGAGCUGGGAAUGACACCGGUGUAGAUGCCGUCUGCACCUACAGGCGCGACUCCACGGCUCCCCCGUUUGAUAGAGUGGGUGUUUACCAUGAAAUCCGCAACAAGACAAAUGGCAUCACCCAGCUGGGCCCCUACAACCUGGACAAGGACAGUCUCUAUGUCAAUGGUUAUAACGAAGCACCAGCUCUGCCAACUGUUUCGCCAACCUCAAUCCCCGCUCUAGCUAUUGAACAUUUCACAGUGAACUUCACCAUAACCAAUCUCAAAUAUGAUUCACAACUGGGAUCUCCUCAUUCUACCCGGUUCAAUGCUACUGAGAAAGUCUUGAUCUCCUUGCUCAACCCACUAUUUGGAAACAGCAGCAUCGGCCCAUCGUAUAUAAGAUGUGAAGUGACGGCUUACAGACCGGUGAGAGCUGGGAAUGACACCGGUGUAGAUGCCGUCUGCACCUACAGGCGUGACUCCACUGCUCCGUUUGACAGAGUGGGUGUUUACCAUGAAAUCCGCAACAAGACAAAUGGCAUCACCCAGCUGGGUCUCUACACCCUGGACAAGGACAGCCUCUAUGUCAAUGGUUAUAACGAAGCACCAGCUCUGCCAACUGUUUCGCCAACCUCAACCCCCGCUCCAGCAAUUGAACAUUUCACAGUGAACUUCACCAUAACCAAUCUCAAAUAUGAUUCACAACUGGGAUCUCCUCAUUCUACCCAGUUCAAUGCUACUGAGAAAGUCUUGAUCUCUUUGCUCAACCCACUAUUUGGAAACAGCAGCAUCGGCCCAUCUUAUAUAAGAUGUGAAGUGACGGCUUACAGACCGGUGAGAGCUGGGAAUGACACCGGUGUAGAUGCCGUCUGCACCUACAGGCACGACUCCACGGCUCCCCCGUUUGACAGAGUGGGUGUUUACCAUGAAAUCCGCAACAAGACAAAUGGCAUCACCCAGCUGGGUCCCUACACCCUGGACAAGGACAGCCUCUAUGUCAAUGGUUAUAACGAAGCACCAGCUCUGCCAACUGUUUCGCCAACCUCAACCCCCGCUCCAGCAAUUGAACGUUUCACAGUGAACUUCACCAUAACCAAUCUCAAAUAUGAUUCACAACUGGGAUCUCCUCAUUCUACCCAGUUCAAUGCUACUGAGAAAGUCUUGAUCUCUUUGCUCAACCCACUAUUUGGAAACAGCAGCAUCGGCCCAUCUUAUAUAAGAUGUGAAGUGACGGCUUACAGACCGGUGAGAGCUGGGAAUGACACCGGUGUAGAUGCCGUCUGCACCUACAGGCGUGACUCCACUGCUUCCCCGUUUGACAGAGUGGGUGUUUACCAUGAAAUCCGCAACAAGACAAAUGGCAUCACUCAGCUGGGCCCCUACAACCUGGACAAGGACAGUCUCUAUGUCAAUGGUUAUAACGAAGCACCAGCUCUGCCAACUGUUUCGCCAACCUCAACCCCCGCUCCAGCAAUUGAACAUUUCACAGUGAACUUCACCAUAACCAAUCUCAAAUAUGAUUCACAACUGGGAUCUCCUCAUUCUACCCAGUUCAAUGCUACUGAGAAAGUCUUGAUCUCUUUGCUCAACCCACUAUUUGGAAACAGCAGCAUCGGCCCAUCUUAUAUAAGAUGUGAAGUGACGGCUUACAGACCGGUGAGAGCUGGGAAUGACACCGGUGUAGAUGCCGUCUGCACCUACAGGCGUGACUCCACUGCUUCCCCGUUUGACAGAGUGGGUGUUUACCAUGAAAUCCGCAACAAGACAAAUGGCAUCACCCAGCUGGGCCCCUACAACCUGGACAAGGACAGUCUCUAUGUCAAUGGUUAUAACGAAGCACCAGCUCUGCCAACUGUUUCGCCAACCUCAACCCCCGCUCCAGCAAUUGAACGUUUCACAGUGAACUUCACCAUAACCAAUCUCAAAUAUGAUUCACAACUGGGAUCUCCUCAUUCUACCCAGUUCAAUGCUACUGAGAAAGUCUUGAUCUCUUUGCUCAACCCACUAUUUGGAAACAGCAGCAUCGGCCCAUCUUAUAUAAGAUGUGAAGUGACGGCUUACAGACCGGUGAGAGCUGGGAAUGACACCGGUGUAGAUGCCGUCUGCACCUACAGGCGUGACUCCACUGCUUCCCCGUUUGACAGAGUGGGUGUUUACCAUGAAAUCCGCAACAAGACAAAUGGCAUCACCCAGCUGGGCCCCUACAACCUGGACAAGGACAGUCUCUAUGUCAAUGGUUAUAACGAAGCACCAGCUCUGCCAACUGUUUCGCCAACCUCAAUCCCCGCUCUAGCUAUUGAACAUUUCACAGUGAACUUCACCAUAACCAAUCUCAAAUAUGAUUCACAACUGGGAUCUCCUCAUUCUACCCCGUUCAAUGCGACUGAGAAAGUCUUGAUCUCUUUGGAAAGUGUGACUGGUUCACAGCCUCUCUGGGCACUUUGGGAUCUCUGGUGCUCUCAGCACUACGACAGACUAAUGACAUCCUCUCUUUGCCAGCUCAACCCACUAUUUGGAAACAGCAGCAUCGGCCCAUCGUAUAUAAGAUGUGAAGUGACGGCUUACAGACCGGUGAGAGCUGGGAAUGACACCGGUGUAGAUGCCGUCUGCACCUACAGGCGUGACUCCACUGCUUCCCCGUUUGACAGAGUGGGUGUUUACCAUGAAAUCCGCAACAAGACAAAUGGCAUCACCCAGCUGGGUCUCUACACCCUGGACAAGGACAGCCUCUAUGUCAAUGGUUAUAACGAAGCACCAGCUCUGCCAAAUGCCAUCUGCACCUACAGGCGUGACUCCACUGCUUCCCCGUUUGACAGAGUGGGUGUUUACCAUGAAAUCCGCAACAAGACAAAUGGCAUCACCCAGCUGGGCCCCUACAACCUGGACAAGGACAGUCUCUAUGUCAAUGGUUAUAACGAAGCACCAGCUCUGCCAACUGUUUCGCCAACCUCAAUCCCCGCUCUAGCUAUUGAACAUUUCACAGUGAACUUCACCAUAACCAAUCUCAAAUAUGAUUCACAACUGGGAUCUCCUCAUUCUACCCGGUUCAAUGCUACUGAGAAAGUCUUGAUCUCCUUGCUCAACCCACUAUUUGGAAACAGCAGCAUCGGCCCAUCGUAUAUAAGAUGUGAAGUGACGGCUUACAGACCGGUGAGAGCUGGGAAUGACACCGGUGUAGAUGCCGUCUGCACCUACAGGCACGACUCCACGGCUCCCCCGUUUGACAGAGUGGGUGUUUACCAUGAAAUCCGCAACAAGACAAAUGGCAUCACCCAGCUGGGUCCCUACACCCUGGACAAGGACAGCCUCUAUGUCAAUGGUUAUAACGAAGCACCAGCUCUGCCAACUGUUUUGCCAACCUCAACCCCCACUCCAGGAAUUGAACAUUUCACAGUGAACUUCACCAUAACCAAUCUCAAAUAUGAUUCACAACUGGGAACGCCUCAUUCUACCCGGUUCAAUGCUACUGAGAAAGUCUUGAUCUCCUUGCUCAACCCACUAUUUGGAAACAGCAGCAUCGGCCCAUCGUAUAUAAGAUGUGAAGUGACGGCUUACAGACCGGUGAGAGCUGGGAAUGACACCGGUGUAGAUGCCGUCUGCACCUACAGGCACGACUCCACGGCUCCCCCGUUUGACAGAGUGGGUGUUUACCAUGAAAUCCGCAACAAGACAAAUGGCAUCACCCAGCUGGGUCCCUACACCCUGGACAAGGACAGCCUCUAUGUCAAUGGUUAUAACGAAGCACCAGCUCUGCCAACUGUUUUGCCAACCUCAACCCCCACUCCAGCAAUUGAACAUUUCACAGUGAACUUCACCAUAACCAAUCUCAAAUAUGAUUCACAACUGGGAACGCCUCAUUCUACGCGGUUCAAUGCUACUGAGAAAGUCUUGAUCUCUUUGCUCAACCCACUAUUUGGAAACAGCAGCAUCGGCCCAUCGUAUAUAAGAUGUGAAGUGACGGCUUACAGACCGGUGAGAGCUGGGAAUGACACCGGUGUAGAUGCCAUCUGCACCUACAGGCACGACUCCACUGCUCCCCCGUUUGACAGAGUGGGUGUUUACCAUGAAAUCCGCAACAAGACAAAUGGCAUCACCAAGCUGGGCCCCUACACCCUGGACAAGGACAGUCUCUAUGUCAAUGGUUAUAAUGAAGCACCAGCUCUGCCAACAAUUGAAUAUUUCACAGUGAACUUCACCAUAACCAAUCUCAAAUAUGAUUCACAACUGGGAUCUCCUCAUUCUACCCGGUUCAAUGCUACUGAGAAAGUUUUGAUCUCCUUGCUCAACCCAAUAUUUGGAAACAGCAGCAUCGGCCCAUCUUAUAUAAGAUGUGAAGUGACGGCUUACAGACCGGUGAGAGCUGGGAAUGACACUGGUGUAGAUGCCGUCUGCACCUACAGGCGCGACUCCACUGCUCCCCCGUUUGACAGAGUGAGGGUUUACCGUGAAGUGAGGAACAAGACAAAUGGCAUCACCAAGCUGGGCCCCUACAUCCUGGACAAGGACAGCCUCUUUGUCAAUGGUUACAACGAAGCAAACCCUCCGCCAACUGUGAUGCCAACUACAAUUCCAGCUCCAACAGUUGACUAUUUCACGGUGAACUUCACCAUCACAAAUCUCCAAUACACAUUCCACUUAGGAACCCCAAAUUCCGAUAAAUUCAAUGCUACAGAAAAAGUCCUGACCUCUUUGCUUGACCCAUUGUUCAAAAACAGCAGCAUUGGCCCUGUCUAUAUGGGAUGCAGAGUGAUGACUUAUAGGCCUGUGAAUAAUGGAGAUGACACCAGCGUAGAUGCCCUCUGCACCUACAGAACGGACUCUACCACAUCCAGGUUCGACAGAGUGAGGGUUUACCAUGAGCUGAGCAACAAAACAAGUGGAAUCACCAAGUUAGGACCCUACAGCCUGGCUGACAAGAGCCUUUAUGUUAAUGGUUACAAUGAAGCGCGUUCUGUGCCAACUACGAUGCCAACUGCAACCAGUGCUCCUGCUCCAACAGUCGAACAUUUCACUGUGAACUUCACCAUAACCAAUCUCCAGUACACUUCCCAGCUAGGAACCCCCAAUUCCUUGAAAUUCAAUAAUACAGAGAAAGUGCUGAUCUCUUUGCUUGACCCACUGCUCACAAACAGCAGCAUCGGCUCAGACUACAAAGGAUGCAAAGUGAUAGCUUAUAGCCCUGUGAAGAAUGGCGACGGCACGCGCGUCGAUGCCCUCUGCACCUACCGAAAGGACUUCACCAGACCCAAGUUUGACAGAGCGAAGGUUUACCACGAGCUGAGCAACAAGACAAGAGACAUCACUAAAUUAGGUCCUUACAACCUGGACAACAGCAGCCUCUACGUCAAUGAAUACAACGAAGCACUUCUUGGACCAACUCUGAGCCUAACUACCCCCCAGAGUCCAACAGCUGGGCAUUUCACACUGAACAUCACCUUAACCAACCUCCGCUACACCACAGACCUGGGGACACCGGGUUCCCGCAAAUUCAAUUCUACAGAGAAAACAAUACUCUAUUAUAUUGAGCCUCUGCUCAGAAACAGCAGCAUUGGCCCUAUCUACACUGGAUGCAAAGUGAUGGCAUUUAGGUCGGUGAAGAACAGGGAUGACACAGGAGUAGACGCCUUGUGCAGCUACAGGAAUGAGCCCACAGCUCCCAAGUUUGACAGAGUGAAGGUUUAUCGUGAGCUGAGCAGCAUGACAAAGGACAUCACCAAGUUAGGGCAAUACAACCUGGAGAACAAGAGCCUCUAUGUCAAUGAAUACAACGAAGCACUUCUUGGACCGACUCUGAGCCUAACCACCCCCCAGAGUCCAACAGCUGGGCAUUUCACACUGAACAUCACCUUAACCAACCUCCGCUACACCACAGACCUGGGGACACCGGGUUCCCGCAAAUUCAAUUCUACAGAGAAAACAAUACUCUAUUAUAUUGAGCCUCUGCUCAGAAACAGCAGCAUUGGCCCUAUCUAUACUGGAUGCAAAGUGAUGGCAUUUAGGUCGGUGAAGAACAGGGAUGACACAGGAGUAGACGCCUUGUGCAGCUACAGGAAUGAGCCCACAGCUCCCAAGUUUGACAGAGUGAAGGUUUACCGUGAGCUGAGCAGCAUGACAAAGGACAUCACCAAGUUAGGGCAAUACAACCUGGAGAACAAGAGCCUCUAUGUCAAUGAAUACAACGAAGCACUUCUUGGACCGACUCUGAGCCUAACCACCCCCCAGAGUCCAACAGCUGGGCAUUUCACACUGAACGUCACCUUAACCAACCUCCGCUACACCACAGACCUGGGGACACCGGGUUCCCGCAAAUUCAAUUCUACAGAGAAAACAAUACUCUAUUAUAUUGAGCCUCUGCUCAGAAACAGCAGCAUUGGCCCUAUCUACACUGGAUGCAAAGUGAUGGCAUUUAGGUCGGUGAAGAACAGGGAUGACACAGGAGUAGACGCCUUGUGCAGUUACAGGAAUGAGCCCACAGCUCCCAAGUUUGACAGAGUGAAGGUUUACCGUGAGCUGAGCAGCAUGACAAAGGACAUCACCAAGUUAGGGCAAUACAACCUGGAGAACAAGAGCCUCUAUGUCAAUGAAUACAACGAAGCACUUCUUGGACCGACUCUGAGCCUAACCACCCCCCAGAGUCCAACAGCUGGGCAUUUCACACUGAACAUCACCUUAACCAACCUCCGCUACACCACAGACCUGGGGACACCUGGUUCCCGCAAAUUCAAUUCUACAGAGAAAACAAUACUCUAUUAUAUUGAGCCUCUGCUCAGAAACAGCAGCAUUGGCCCUGUCUACACUGGAUGCAAAGUGAUGGCAUUUAGGUCUAUGAAUAAUAAGGACACCGGGAUCAAUGCAGUCUGCAGCUACAUGAACAACUCCACAGUCGCCACGUUUGACAGAGUGAAGCUCUAUCAUGAGCUGAGCGGCAUGACAAAGGGCAUCACCACGCUAGGACCCUACACCCUGGAGAAGAACAGCCUUUAUGUGAAUGGUUUCCGCCUCUCAGACAUAGCUACUGCUACAGAACCUCCUUCCACAGUGGCUCCAGAGAAUGUGGGGUAUCUGCUCAACUUCAGAAUAAUCAAUGUAAACCUAACCAACCCAGACCCGAAGUCUUCGGCCUACCAAGCAUUACAGAAAGACAUUGCUGACAAGAUUAACCAGCUGUACAGAAAGAGUGACCUUCAAGGCGGAUUCCUGUUCUGCAAUGUCACAGGCUUGAGGAUUGGCUCUGUAGUGGUCGACUGCAACUGCUACUUCAAGCCAGCACCCAACUGCAGUGAGGAGACCGUUCUAAGCGCAUUUCAGAAUGGAACGAGGAAUGCAAGCGCACAAUGGCUGGGAGGCAGCUACCAGCUGCAGGGAGCCAGGGUGAAUGUUUUGGAGCCAGUUAUUAAGCCAGUGACUCAGGCGCCCGUCAGUGCUCAGCGAGAGACUUUCAGGUUAAACUUCACCAUCACUAACCUCUUCUACUCGUCCGAACUGAAACAACCCAGUUCAAAUCUUCAUCGACUGAACAAGCAGAUGAUUGAGAAAGCGCUUGACAAUAUUUUCAGAAAUAGCAGCGUCCAGAAGUAUUUCGCUGGCUGUUCAGUUGAAAGCUUUAGGCCCAUCUCUGGGAAAACGUACACUGGUAUUAACGCCAUCUGCAAAUUUAUGCUGGACAGCACCUCCAGGGCCUUUCAAAGAGAAGAAGUGUAUGAGGAGUUUAAACGUCUCACCAACGGAGGCACUCAGCUAGGGGACAGCUACACGAUGGACAAGGACAGCUUGCUUGUUAAUGAUUAUUCUCCUCUCAACACAAUGGCAGGAGAACCUGGUAGAUCGGAGCUCCCAUUCUGGGCCAUAAUCCUCAUCUGUCUCUCGGCAUUGCUUGGCUUGAUUCUCCUCCUCCUCGUGUGUUUCUUGAUUGCCUUUUGUCUGAGAAGAAAGGGAGGCCUGUACAACGUCCAACAGAGCAUAUACGGGGUCUAUUUCCCACAUCUGGACAUGAGAAAAAUGCACUGACAAACGUAUUGCUGAGACGAACUCCUUGCACUCAGAAGUCUCUCUUCUCACUGACUCAUUCAUCCACCAAGAGAGAAAAAAUGUUUACAACUGCAGUAAAGAACAUUCUAUUUUUCCCUUAGUAAAUUAUGAUUAGCCUGAGACACAUCUUUCCUUGUGGCCUUUAUACAGAAAACCUUUGCACUGAUCCCAGCAAUUAUUUGUGGAAAACUGCCAGCAAUGAAGAUGUGUUGGGGAUAGAUAUUUAUUUUUGUAUGCACUGUGGGAUUUUGAGCAAAUGUUAUACAUCCAAAAAAAUAAAACAGAAAAUGAAGUGAAUGCUAGAUGUAUGCAGUCUACAGGGCUCCUCAGUGUUAUGCAGUUUUUCUGAAGGGGGAGACUAAAAUUAUGCUAAUUUAUGGUGUUUUAGUUACUGACUAUUGUAAAUGAACAAA